AUGUUAUUUGAGCAGGGCCCGCGGGCCUCGGCGAGCGCAGCGAGCAAGAUGCAGAAAGGCGCCUACUACGACAACGCGGGGCUCUUCGGGGGCUACACGUACAGCAAGGCCGACGCGUACCCCUACGGCGCGGCCCAUCAGCCCUACGGGCAGGCCGGCCUCGAGGGCGACUUCCCCGGCGCCGCGUGCUCCGUGCAGGGCUCCGCGCCGCUCCGCGCCCCGGCGCACAAGGGCAGCGAGCUCAACGGCAGCUGCAUGCGCACGGCCGGGGGGGGGGCCGGGGGCAGCCAGCCCCCGGGCCUGGGAGAGCAGCAGCCGCCGGCGCUGCCGCCCUCCUCGCCGCCCAACCCCCCCAGCGCGCCCCCCACGAAAAAGGGCGGCAAGGGGGGCCCCAACGCCUCCGCCACCGCCACCAUUAGCAAGCAGAUAUUCCCCUGGAUGAAGGAGUCUCGGCAGAACUCCAAGCAGAAAAGCACCUGCGCCCCCUCAGGAGAGAGCUGCGAGGACAAGAGUCCCCCCGGGCCGGCCUCCAAGCGGGUGCGCACCGCCUACACGAGCGCGCAGCUCGUGGAGCUCGAGAAGGAGUUUCACUUCAACCGCUACCUGUGCCGGCCGCGCCGCGUGGAGAUGGCCAACCUGCUGAACCUCACCGAGCGCCAGAUCAAGAUCUGGUUCCAGAACCGCCGCAUGAAGUACAAGAAGGACCAGAAAGCCAAAGGCAUCAUGCACUCCCCCGUGGGACAGUCCCCCGAGCGCAGCCCGCCGCUGAGCGCGCCGAGCCACGGCGGCUACUCGGGCCAGCUGCCCGCCGUGGGCAGCCUCGCCUACGACAGCCCGUCGCCCACGUCCUUCGCCAAGCCGCAGCAGAGCAUGUACGGGCUGGCCGCGUACACGGCGCCGCUGAGCAGCUGCCUGCCCCCGCAGAAGCGCUACGCGGGCGCGGAGUACGAGGCGCCCGGCGUGCAGGGCGGCGGCGGCGGCUUCGGCGGCGCCAGCCUGCAGGGCAGCCCCGUCUACGUCGGGGGCAACUUCGUGGACUCCAUGCCGGCCUCUGGGCCCAUGUUCAACCUGGGCCACCUCUCGCACCCCUCGUCGGCCAGCGUGGACUACAGCUGCGCCGCGCAGCUGCCCGGCGGCCACCACCACGGACCUUGCGACCCGCACCCCACCUACACGGAUCUCACGUCGCACCACACGUCUCAGGGACGCAUCCAGGACGCGCCCAAGCUCACGCACCUGUAGCGGGAUUGGGAGCGAGCGGAGCGGGCGCUCCUGCGAAUUACCUCACUUUUCUGGCGGGACAGUGUUACGUGCUCUCGAAUGGCAACAGUAUUAGCGGAUUUGUCUCCCCUAUCGUCUACAUCUUUCCUUUCCUCUAUUAUUUCUUUUUUUUUUUCUGUUGCAACUCUGAGUAGGUCCAUGGAAAGGAAUCCUUUCUUUUCCUAGCUGUUGUUUUAAGCAUGACAGUGCAAUAUACUGCAAACCAAGGGACUAAUAACUUGGUAAUUAUGUACUUGAAGGUAAGUCUUAUAGAUCAAUUAGUAUUAGCAGCGCGUCAUGCUGAGGUGUCUUAGACCAAUUGUGAGCGGUGAGGACUUGCCUGCAUAUAAGCUUAUUUCAGAGAAGUUAAUUUAUGAAUUCUUCCGUAAUGUAAGGAUUGCAGCGGACUAAAUGAUACGUAUUUAUUAUUUUAAGCGAGACACUUUUGUAUCACUGAUUAUUUAUCCUMGUCUUAAUGUAUUUAUGUGGGUAUUAGUAGAAUUUAUUCACCAAUACUUCGGGAGAUCGAUUCAGGUCCACGGUGACUUACAUUUCACCUAUUUAGUAUAUUCGGUCUGAGCUAGUUGAGAGAGUAGUCUUGAGCAGUUGUAACAGUGGCUGGUGUUCGUAGUUUAUGUAAGGAUUAAUUAAGACAGCGAGUUGUAAGUCAUUAAUAGAGUAAAACAAACCAUGGCAUCAAACAAAGAGCCGUUACACUUUUUAAGAAGCUGGAAGUAUUUUUAAAAUAUUUAUUUCAAAUCGUCUGGUACCAUUUGAAUGCUUCCUUAGGCUGGCCCGUAGCUCGUCUUGUUUAUGAAGCCACCUUUUAGUUGGAAGCGCAACCGCUUUGAGAAAAGGACCCACAAAGCGGGUCUCUUGGCCAUUUUGUUUCCCAUCAAAUCCUGCCUACACAAACCUCGGUGAGGUUAGCGUUUAUUUAUUGACUAGGUAUC